AUGCCCCCCGUAUGCAAGCCUCUUCCCCAGGCGUCUCUAGUCUACAUCACCCCCUCACCCGCCACAUACUUGCCCCUCCCCACCCCACGAAAUGAGCCCCAGUCUCACAGUCCGAGCGGCCGACAAAUUAUGUCGUUUAUGGGCGACGAAUUGAGAAAGACGAAGGCGGCUUGGAACAACGUCGAGUAUCCUGCGAUGUUCGAGCCCAGCGAGCCGGAGCUUCUCUCCUGUACUGCGGAGGUCUGCUUUGUGCUCCGCUCAGAAGGCUUUUGCGGGUCCAGAAUGGUAGUCGCGCUACCUAUGAAGCUGCAAGCCCUGAUCUUGCUCGACCCUGUUGCUCGGCGGAUACCAUUCCUUCCCCACGUUGUUGCGUGCGCCCCCGGUAACGCCCUCGCCAUGUCUAUUCCCCCAGUACCCAACUCGACCCCGGCGCCAGCACGCCAGUCAGUCAUAAGAGGGCUCGCGAUUGUGCUGGUGGACAUAUGUGUGGUGCUGCAGAGCUCACCAUGUGCCGACAUCUUGUUCUCUGAGCAAGGCGCUGUGGCUUCCACCUGGUCUUUUUGUCGCUGGUCCGAAAAGAGAUCAUACAAGAUCCAUUUAGGCCUCUCCCUCUUCCCUUCCCUCGCCCGAGUCUCACUCGUACGCGUAAAUCGUACCCCAAUACCCUCAGCAACUCAGCUUUCGUUUGCACCUCUCCAUCUCAGCAGCACCACUUUCUUCCCUUGUUCCCAUCCCAUCCCCACUGUCGCCGACACUCUCAUCGCGACACCCCGGUCCAGCCUACCCCAACAACAGACCCGCCCGUAUUCUGACAGCACAUCCGCUCCUCCCAAAUUUGAGCUAGCAUCCGCCUGUUGUCGUAUGGGAUGCGUUGUAGGGGGACUCUGA